GCCAUGUAUUUCGAGUUUCUGCGCGGUGUCGACCUGUCGGCUUUAAGAUUUUGGUGUAAAUUUUUGUUAUAAGGAAAUUUGGGCGUCUCUCAUUCAAAUUUAAGAGCUCUUCACAUGUAUCCCUCAUGUCAGCAUAACGCAUUCAGGAUCCAAUAUGUCUAAAUCAAAUUUUUCGUACGGAAUGAUGCAUCUCCCACAUCAAGAGCGUCGCCAGAAAACCUGAAGAAUUGACCCUCGUCGCUCCACCAAGCAGGCGAGAUGGCGUCUCCAUCCCCGCCGUCCUCGCCGCCGCCUCCGCCGCCUAGCAGCGGCCGUUCCGUCCACCUCCUGGCACUCCGUAACCCCUCGUCGGUGUCCGACCCGCGCGGCUGGGGUCUGAGCGGCGACGAGCGUCGGCUGCACAUGGGACGCGUCGUGUCCGAUCAGCUCACCUCUGGAGACGGGAACGAGUUCAGCGAGCGCCACGCCGUGAAAAUGACCAACCGGAUGAGAUCGGUGGAUAGUGUGACCGACCAGCGCGCCUGGAGCCUGGACCCGAGCGAGAGGAGGCGGUUCAUGUCGGAGACCAUUCGGCGGCCGCCCGUCGCCAGCACUACUGAUCUGCAGCACCAGGAGCUGAUGGCCCAGCUGAGGGAGAACAACCUGCCCGAGUUUGUCGAACGACUCCUCUCCGAUAAGAACGUGCAGAUCGACGAGCUGGAACAGAAUGUACGCACGCUGACGCAGCUCUCCAUGCGUUCGUCGUCGGCCGGUGACAGCCGCUCGUCGGGCCACCAGAGCGGCGUCAGUCGUCUCUCUGACCCGCACCAGCCCAGCCCGGAGGUGCUGCGCCGCGCGGCCACCUCCACCCACUCGGACCCGGCCGGCGACCUAUCACUGCCGGACAUCAGCAUGGUCCAACAGAAACAGGAGAUGUCCGGUCGGCCGGCCUCCUCGCCAGUGACUGUCCCAGUCCGGCCCGACUCGCCUGCUGCCGGCUCGGAACACAGCUGGGACUCUGCACCUACAGUGGCCGGCGGAGCCUCUCAACACGGCAGCUCUGCCGGCUCCGAGCUGGCCAGUGUGGCAGGCUCCAGUGCCAGCGGGGAUUCUAUCCAUAACCUGCGCGCGGCGCUGGCGAGGAAGAAGCAGUUGCUGAAUGCUAGGAAGGAGCAGAUAGAGAGGAGCGCACGGGGAGAGGAUGUGGAGCAGACGCCGCAGGAGCAGAGUGGAGAGGCGCCGGUGGUGGAGAGCAUCCCGCCACAGCAGCCGAGCGACUCUGAGCUGGCCGAGGCGGCGCACGUCCGCCAGCAGCUGCUGAAGCUGCGCUCCCGACUGGAGGUGCUCGACCCGAUCCUGACACGACUGGACGAGGACUACGCGUCCAGCGUCGACCAGCUGUCCGGGCAGAAGGCGGCGCCGGCGGCCUCUGAGACGGAGCUGCAGCUGGCGGCGCAGGUGGCCGAGAUGCGCAGGACCAUAGAUGGGCAGGACGGAGAGCGGCGCCGGCUGGAGGGGCAGCUGCAGCAGCUGGACGCUCAGGGUGUCUCGGAGACGGAGCCGCAUCGACGUCAGCUGGAGGAGCAGCUGCUCGUCACGCUUCGGGAUAUGGAGAUCAACAAGCUGGACGCCUGCAGCAAGAUGCACGAGGCCUCGGCUCUGCUGGCCAGGAGUCAGAGACACGCGCAUCAGGAGUUGCAAAAUCGUGUCCAGACACUGGAGCAGAGCUGCCGGGCGCAGUCGGCUGAGCUGGCGGAGCUUCGCGCCACUCUGCAGAGCCGCGAACACAACGAGGCGCAGCUCCGUGCAAAUCUCCAGUCCCGCGAACGAAACGAGGCAGAGCUCCGUGCCAAUCUGCAAACCCGCGAACAGACCGAGGCGCAGCUCCGCGUCACUCUCCAGAGCCGCGAACAGAGCGAAGCGGAGCUACAGCGCCAGGCGCGUGACAGAGAGGAGUCUGAACGGCUGCUCACUGCCCGACUGCAGACCGCCGAGACGGAGCUGGCGCGGCGGGACGAGCAGCUGCGCCAGACAGCCGGCCAGCUCACCGACACGGAGCGACAGCUCCAGGGACGGCUAGCGGAGGCAGAGCGGACGGCCGCAGAGCGAGAGGAGCACGCGCGGGAUCUGUCAGCGCGGGUGGAGAGCCUACAGAAGGAGGCCGCGACUGCCGAGAGGCGCCGCCGUCAGCUACAGAAGAAAGUCACAUCACUAGAGGAGGCGGUUAGUGAGAGGGAUACCCAGGCAGAGCGGCUGAGGGAGAGAGCCGAGGAGCUGGAGAGAGCGGCGGAGGAGCGGGAUGGACAUGUGGACAGGCUGGUGGCUCAGGUGAACUCGCUGGAGACUGAGCUGAGGCAGAGACAGGCUGAGAUUGAUCGGCUGACGACAGCGGUGGCCGACGCGGCGGAACGUAGACAGUCAUCUCAGAGACUCACGAGAAGCCGUCGCUCAGGAGCCGAGCCUGAGUCGGACCGGAGCGUCACGCCGCUGCCGGAACCGGAAUUGACCAGACGGGCCGAAUGUCCGCGGCCUGAGUCAGCCUCCAGUCUCUCCGAUCUGACCGCCGCGCCGACCUCUGAGCUCGACUCGAGUCAGACGGUGACUCUGAGCGGCGCCCGCGCGGUGCUGGACUCGAGUCGGUCGGUGACUCUGAUUGAGGAUGGACCGGAGAGGGAUCCCGGUCCCGGACCCAACACGGACGUACUGUGGCAGCAGCGGUGCGAGUCGCUGCAGCAGCGGUGUCACCAACUGUCCACCGGCUGGCGACACGAACAGCGGCGCCGCCGGCAGCUGGAGAUGCGUCUCACCGCCCUGCUGGAGCCACGGGAGAUGGAGGAGACGGAGCGGGAGGCGCCGCGCCGCCUCCAGACGCUGCUCGACAGGGUGCACAGAGAGGGCAUUGAGGUGCUGACGCUGUCUGAGCUGCGUUACGUUCGGAGCCACUCUCCCGCUCUGCUAGUCCCGGACAGCCUCGGCGGUGGCGGAGACUCUUCGGCCGGCUCUGAGCAACCGAACGGCGGUCCGGGGCAGACGGAGCACGAGCUUCGGCAGAAAGUGGAGCUGCUCGAGUGGCGACUGCGGGAGGAGCGUGCCCUGGUGGACACCCUCCAGGGCUGGCUGCAGACCGAGCACCAGUCCAAACUGCGCAUCACCAGCGGGCGGCUGCAGAUCGAGCCGUGGCCGUCGGCGGCGGCGCUCACAGACCACCAGAAUCAGCAGCAGCAGCAGCAGCAGCAGCAGCGAAGGGUGAACGGACGCAGAUCGCCAGCGCCACCGCAGCAGCAGGAGAGACAGCCGCCAUCGCCGGCUCCCCUGCCGCCGCCCGUGCUCGUCCCGCCGCCGCCGGCCCCGGACGGCUCCGGUGACGGUCCGGAGCGGCCGGCCGAGCCGCCAGCUGCCGAGCAGCUGGUGCAGCUGCGCCGCCAGCUGUCUGCCGAGCAGCUGCAGCGGCGCCGGCUGCUGGCGGAGCUGGAGACGGAGCGCAGCGCGGCGGCGCAGCAGCGGCUCCAGGCGCACCGGCUGCAAACACAGCUGACGGCGGCCAACACAGAGCUGGGAACACUUCGUGCACAGCUGGCUGAGAAAACUACCGAGCUGGCCGUCCUCCGGGACCGACUGAAGGGGAAGGCAGCAGCGGCCGGCGGCGGCGGCUCCUCUCAGCCCCCGGUGAGGCGGAAACCGGAGCAGAUGGCCGGUCUCGCCGACAUGAACGCCGAGGUAGACCGGCUCCGUUCGCGCGUCUCGGAGCUCGAGCGCGAGCUGGGCCAGCGCGGCGACGCUCCCUCCGCCGACUCCGGCCCGUGGCGCUCCAGACUGGAACAGGAGCGCGCCGCCUGGAGUCAGGAGCGCCAGCGACUACAGCAGCGCAUCGCGCGCCUGGACACGGAGCAGGAGCGGCUGCGCCGCGCGCCGGCCGUCGGCGAUGGAGACGACGAGCGGCUGCAGUACGCGUACGGCCGGUUCCUGCGCGCCGAGAGCUACCGGCGCGCGCUCUGCUGGCAGAAGCGGUAUCUGAUGGUGCUGCUGGGUGGAUAUCAGGAGACGGAGGUGCUGACGCUGAGACGGAUGACCGAGCUGACGGGCGGAGCGUUCCGCACGGACGCCCGCCGCUACCUUUCGCCGGCGGCCAAGUUCCGCGCGGCGGUCUGGGUGGUCGUGGCCGUACGGAGGAUGAACUUCAUGGUCGGGAGAUGGAAAUCAGGUCGCCGGGCGGCCGUAGCGCUGGCAGGCGGCGUCGACCGGCCGAUCUCGCCAGCGGCGGCCCGCCCCCACUCGUCUGUGUCGCUGGUGUCAGCCUCGUCGUGCGACGCGCACGCUGAGCUCGACCGGCUGGGACGCAUUGUCAGAGAGUGUCCCCGAUCGGUGCCCGAUGUCCAGUUCGACGUCAGAUCGGUGGUCUCCGGCAGUGACGUCUGCUCAGAGGACCUGCAGCCGUACCUGGAGCGGUUCGAUGCGCUGCUCGACCGUCAGGGCCUGCCGCCGCAGCCGGGACGGCGGCCGGACAGCGGGCGGUAACAUCCCACCGUCAGAGGCCCAGUCAGAGGCCCAGUCAGACAGGACUGCGGCCGUCCGUCCACACUGUUACGGCAGCUAACUAAGACAGCUUCUCUACGCGUAACCCCUGCCAGUCUCUACCUGUCCUAUUCUAGUCCGGUGUUGUCAGUACCGCCUUGUACCAGCGGGAAAUUCCGUGUGUGUAUGUCUGUCUGCCUUUGUGGCGUGCCUGCCUGCCGGGACGGUGACGGGGCUAGUGAUCUUACACGGGUGUCUGGCGCUGCGAACGCCCCCUGCAGGGAGAAUCGGACGCCUUCGGGCCGUACAGUGCCAAGCACGUCGGUUCUGCUGUGAAUGCUGCACGAAAUUAUUUAUUUUACCGGUGGCAAAUAUAAAUGGUUUGUGAUUUUA